AUGGCAGCUUACAGGCGAAAUGGGAUGUUGUCAUCAUGCGAGCCAUGCCGCAUUUCUAAACUGCGGUGCGACCACUCUACUCCGGUGUGUAAUCGAUGCACUGCGCGUCGUCGGGCAGACCAAUGUAUCUACCACCCUGCUCCUCUCACCAAAAAUCGAACAACGAGUGCACAGGCAAAGGGUAGGGGAAAACCUUCCGCUAAUCCAUUAUCGUCCCAUGAGGUUCUGGACUGGGUACUCCUGACCCCUUCAGUUUCUCGUCAUGGGAUUGGACCUCAAACUACGGCAAGAGGCACCGACUCAUUCUCGCGGCCAAGAUUUCUGGGUCCGACAAGCCAUUUUGAGUAUUUUCAUGGAAACACGCUAAGCCUUGGAGCGCAUAUCGGUUCUUUCUGCGAGUCGGCUGCUGAGACACUUGAUACGAAGCAGGUGGAAAUAGGCGCUCAAAUCCUGUCAUUGCUAGACAGGCUUCACAUUUUUGCACAAGUGCUUGAGAGGCGUUUUGCUAUCUAUAAGGGGUGGAUAUUUGGUCCGCAAAUAACACGAGAAACCCUGCAAACGUUGACAAUAUCUUAUCACGAAGCUAUCCAAGGUGCAAGCACUGAGGAUAGGCAUGCGGCGAUGAACUUGCAGGAGUAUAUCUCAAUUAUAGCGCCAAGAUGGGAUACCAUUGGACUCAUAUUUGCCUUGGUGGGCACGGCAACCUACCACAUUCACUCCGAAGACGCCGUCUUCAGAUGGGACGAACUUCCAGGAAGAGACAAACGAGAACUGCGAACGAUUACAAUAGCGGUCAGUGAUAUGUGUCUGCAAUUCUGCAGUAGCGCAAGUGCGAUGAGUGAUCCCCUUUGUUGGGCAACGAUGCAGCAUAUUUCUUUUAUGCUGGAGAUGCACGGCUCUACUGACCAUAGGAUAUGGCAGAGAUUAGGAGACGUUACAACGUUAGUAUUCGCACUUGGUCUUCACCAGCGUGAAGUCGACGGACGAGCCCCAUUCUUUCUGUCCGAGAUCCGCAAGAGAACAAUGGUAGCAGCAUACUCCAUGGAUAAAGAAUUGGCAACUUUCCUGGGUCUACCACCUCGGAUCUGCCGGCGGUAUUGCAAUUCCCAUAUGCCUCUAGAUAUCGACUGGGAUGAUCUUUUAGCCGAUGCAGCUGCUCGAGAUGCUGUGGUUCAGCGGCUCGACGCUAAUGGCUGGGAUAGACAGGGAGGCUCCGAGGGUGCAAAGCCCCGUGUCUCUAUGCUUUCAAAUAUCUAUCGAGAGAUGAUUCUGGAAUUGUCUUUCAGUCAUGAGAUGGACAAUUUGAGGCAUAAGAUCGAGGAGAUCCGUCACGAAUCGAAUCAAAUGCGUCUCGGCCUACCACAUUUUCUACGUUGGUCUUUCGAAAACGAACAUCCCUCGGCGGCUUCUCUGCAUCUCGAGUUUUUGUAUCAAGAUUUUCUCCUCUAUCAGAUGCUUAUGGAACGCACAGGAGACGGAUUCAACCGGCUAAUUGAUAAAUCCCGUGAAAUCCUGGUGCUGCUACUGGAUAUAGUCUCUAAGCAAACUCGUGCAGGGAAUGUGAGCCAUUUCACCAUCUUUGAUCUAUGCUACAUUGGUCUACCAGCUGCUGGCGUCUUAUCGAAAGAACUACUCCGCCAUUCGCAAGAAUCUGCGGGCGGAUUGCCGAGAGAAUCAACCUUCGCUCGUUCAGAAAUUAUUCAACGACUCAGUGUCUUCGCUGCACAACUAGAAACUUUCUUCCCAAGUAGAGAAGGGGACUACGAUACAUGUAUGAAAGGGUUGGCGUUCAUUCGGCAAGUUCUUGACAUUGUCCUUGCGCCUAAUACAACUGAUUCGAGUGUGCUUGGGUGCGACUCCACUAGGGAAAAAGAAAGCGAUUUGUUGGCGGGUCCAUGCACAGACGAUAUAGAUCUCUUGGCUUUGAUGGAAGAUUUUGACUGGGAGCAGGAGAUGCGCCCUUUCUCUAGUUGA